UUUGCAUAGAUUUGAAAUGCAUGAGACAAACAGUCUGAAAGAAUACGACUCUACAAAUGCAUAUUAUUCUUGUAGCAGAAAGAGUAAACAGCAACUUUUGCACCGCACUGAAAAGGAAUUCGAGACAUCAGGCCGACAGAAAAGAGGUUCAAUCUGUGAUCUUUUUGACACCGUUUUCGAACAUCAAACUCCUUUCAAUUCGGCAGUGAAAUAUGGCAAGAAGAUUAAAGACGUUUUGAAGUUUUAUCUGAAAAAAUGCAUGUCUUUGCCCAAAUCUGGAAUGUCACAGACGCAUAUUCAGCUGAUCUGUGAUCAAUUGAAAAAUCAAGACCAACUGAGAUUUGCUGUUCGUGUAGAACUGGCUUUACCAUCUUCGGAAGAAUCAGGAAAACGAGCUAAAUACAUAGCUAUAAUCACGAAAGCCGAGUCACCUGGAGAAUCUUUUAGCAGAAAUGCAAUUUUUGGCUUCGAUUUAGCAGAGAACGAAUUGACAACAAUCGGAAUCAGUUUUCCGAUUGUUAAUGGAGUGAAGUUGAGUUUCUACGGCGACGGGAAAUUGAUGAUUUUUUCACCAAGUGACAAUUUCUCUUAUGUCUUCAGGCCUGUUUCUGUUCAAGCAAUGUGGUAUUGUUUCCAGUCAUUAGAACGAGUCAUAUUCGAUUCUGAUUCAAAUAGCUCAAAUUAUUGGAAGAUGGAUCAGAAUGGGACUAUAGAAUGGACAAACUCUUACAAAUUUUCAUCCAGUGAGGUGUUGCUGACUGAAUGGAAGACCUUUCCGGACCAAGAAUUCGAGCACACUCUUGCAUCAUCUCCAAUGAUACGAGCCAUCGUGGCAGACGAACUCUCGGAGACAGAGCAAAUCAUCCUGUCGGCACUUCGUGAUUUGAUCCCUCUGUUCGAUCUAGACGAUAUCACGCCCAAAGCACUUCGCCUGGCUGUACAGGAACACAUUGGCCUUGACAAUCCAAUUCAACUCACGCAACUCAAAUCUACUUUCGACAAGCUAAUGAUGUUCACGUGCAAUCAAGCCGAAGCACCUAGUCGAAUUUUUGAUCACGUUUACUUGGGAAACGAGGGAAACGCGACCAACCGAGAUGAGAUGAAAAAACUUGGGAUCACACAUGUUUUGAAUAUAUCAAAUGAAAUUGACAAUCUGUUUCCUCACGACUUUGAAUAUAUGAAAUUACAAGUUGACGAUGAGCCGACAGUUGACCUUAUGAAACAUUGGCAAACAAUGACGAACAAGUUUAUAGAAUCGGCCAAGAAUAAAAAGGGAAAAAUUCUGGUUCAUUGCAAAAUGGGAAAAUCGAGAAGUGCGGCAACAGUGGUCGCCUAUGCAAUGAAAACAAAAGGUUGGACGGACAUCGAAGCGCUAGAGUUUGUAAAAACGAAGCGACCAGUCAUCUGUCCAAAUCAGGGAUUUCUUGGUCAGCUUCAUAUCUACUCGGGAAUAUUGGAAGCAAAUCGCCAUAAAAUAAACCCUCUGUGGAGUGGGUCGAGUGUUGAAGACGAUGGAAGAAACACGGGGAUUGAAAGAACGAGGAAGGAAAAUGUUAAAAGAGUUAAAUCUCUUGACUGUAAUGUUUCUCGCGCGAGACUUGCAAAUCUCGCCGUUUCCUCACACGUUCGCAGGACGAAAGAAAAAUUCGAAUCUGGAGUAUUUGACUUCUGCUUCCAAGUUCCGAUAGAUUCUAAGCUCCAAAGCGCUAUGAAAGGUAAAUUUAACUCGACGAUAGGUAAAAAUGCUGGCAAUUUACUCUCGUCGAAACCGAAGCAACCUCUGGCUUUUCGUAACUCUAUAAAUGUGCAGUAUUGGGACAAAAGUCCAAAGAAUUCAAUCGAUGAAGACUCGGAGGCUCAGAGAGGAAGUGAAAACGAAGUUCUUGAAGACGUCCAGAAACUGACAUCGGGAGUAGUCAAGAAGAGGACCAGCGAAAUUCUAUCAUGGAUUGAUGGUCAAAGGAGAAGUCGUCCCGUCAAUCAAACAAUCACGUGGAAUGGUUCUGAGUAUCAUUGUAUCGAAGAUAAGUGUCUAAAUACAUCAAAUGCUCACAUAAAAUCAUCAGAUCCGAACAUCGCGAAAAAUUUAUCAGGAAUUCAAUUUCUUAUUGAUUUCUUCAACCAUCUGGGUGCUAAGUUUGAAUCAUAGAAGCUAAUCAUUCCAUUACUUUAUGAUAAUUUUAUCAUAAUUGCUGCCAAUGUACAAAUCUGACCGCCAAACAAAGAUUAUUUCUAUUGAAACGUAAAAUAUGCUUGGUGCUGUAAGUUAAACAUUAGAUAGAUAAAUUUAAAUGCUUGUUUUUGUAGUAGUUUCUCAAGCAAACGCUUAUAUAUUAUUUCCAGGGCGCUUUUUUCCACGUCUAACUCGCUUAAAUUGGUGCACAACAAACUGGCACUAUUCUGCAUCACAUUUCAACCUUAACAAUAUAAUAGCAUGUGCUGUAUCAGCUUUAUUGAAGGCUAGUGGUUUAAAACAGCAAGGUUAUAUUGCGUAGUUCGCAACCCGCACCGUGCGCCCAUGGAUUCUAAUUGAUUAUAAUGGAUUUCCGAGACAAAAAU